CAUACAGGGUAGACUGCUGUAUCAUGUCGUACUAGUUCAACUACACAGCCAAUACCUGACACAGAAAACAUGUUAUUUAUGCACAAAGCAGAUCGCUGUGCAUCGCGGAAACUCGCCCUGUGGUUCCUGCUGUGUGUGGGAUGGUUCCCGGUCCGGUCCAGAGCGGAGGACGGCAGUGUGUGGUACCAGGACCUCUGCAGUUACAAAUGGGAGGCCAUCGACCUGGACAACAAAGUGAGCUACACUCUGAAGCUGUGUGACUCUUCACCCCCCACCAACUGUGGUCCCAGCACCGCUGUGUGUGCCCGCAACCUCACCACCCAGACAGAGCAGUCCGUUGGCGAGCUGUCACUGAAGAAGCUCUCCGGCACUGUGCUGGACUACAACAGCACAGUCAAAUGUCCAGGCAACACCAACAACAUCCAGGCCAGCAUCAGCUUUCAGUGUGGGAAAACCAUGGGGACUCCAGAGUUUGUCACCAUGUCCCAGUGUGUGCAUUACUUUGAAUGGAGGACCUACUCCGCCUGCAAGAAGGACAAAUUCAAACCACACAAAGAAGUGCCCUGCUACGUGUUCGACUCCGAUGGCAAGAAACAUGAUUUAAACCCGCUGAUUAAAGUGAAUGAUGGCUAUCUGGUGGACGACGGCGAUGACAGCAUCGACUUCUACAUCAACAUCUGCCGCAGCCUCAACGGGCCUGUUGGAUCCUGUCCUCAGGGCUCUGCAGCCUGCCUAAACACCAGCCAUGGCUCCUACAAUAUGGGUUCUCCUACACAGCAGCUAGAGCUGGUGUCCAGCGACAGACUGAGGUUACAGUAUAAUGUCAGUGCUGACUCCUUGCCUCCAGCCUUCUGUAACGGACACACCCCUGCUGUCACCAUCACGUUCGUCUGUCCCUCACGCAGACAGCAGGGCAGCGAUCCCAAAAUGACGGCGAAGGCAAACUGUCGUUACGAGAUAGAGUGGGUGACAGAGUAUGCCUGCCACAGAGACUACCUGGAGAGCCAUACCUGCAAACUGAGCAGCGAUCAGCAUGACAUCUCCAUCGACCUUACACCCCUCACCCUAACCUCUACAGACCACCCAUACUAUGCUGAAUCGAACAGUGGAACUGAGAGCUACAUUUACUACCUAAACGUGUGUGGGGCGACCACAGCCAAAGAGUGUGGCAGCCCGGGCGACUUUGUGGGCGCCUGCCAGGUGAAAAGCAACGGACAGGUGAAGAAGGUUGCCGGCAGAUACCUGAACCAGACACUACGGUAUUCAGAUGGAGAUCUGACUCUGAUCUACCCCAGUGGUGACAGGUGCUCCACAGGCUUCCAGAGAAUGACCAUCAUCAACUUUGAGUGCAACAAGACUGCGACUAAUGGUGGGCGAGGGUUACCAGUGUUUACAGGUGAGACAGACUGCACCUACUACUUUGACUGGCAGACGUCUCACGCCUGUGUGAAGGAGAAGGAGGAUCUACUGUGCCGGGUCACUGACGGCAGCAAGCACUAUGACCUUUCACCCCUCACUCGAUACCCUGAGUCAGAUUCCAGUGUGAACUGGGAGGCGGUGGACGCCAACGCUCCAGAGUCUGACCCACGACGUUUCCACCUCAACGUGUGUCACAAAGUGAUUCAGAGAGGAGCUGCUGCUGGUUGCCCAGAGGACGCCGCCAUCUGCGCUGUGGAUAAGGACCAUAAAGCCACGAGUCUGGGCAGCUUCCUCUCCGCUCCCCAGAAGACUGAAAUAGGAGGUGAUAUCAGACUGACUUAUACUGAUGGAGACGAGUGCAGCAACAAGAUGAAAAUCAAAACCAUGUUGACUCUAAAGUGUAAACCAGGAGAUCUCCAGAGUCCGCCUGUCGUUCGGAGCAUUUCCUCUGAUGGUUGUUUGUAUGAGUUAGAGUGGCACACUGCCGCCGCCUGCGUCCUGUCGAAGACGCAGGGAGACAACUGCAUGGUGGAAGACGCUCAGGCUGGCUUCUCUUUCAACUUGGCACCUCUCACCAAAGCUAACGGUGGCUUCUACAACCUGACUAACGGCAGCUAUGACUACUACAUCAACGUGUGUGGCUCGGUGACAGCAGCCAAGUGUCCUCAGAAAGCUGGAGCCUGCCAGGUAGACAAAAGUUCUAACUCUUGGAGUCUGGGGGAAUGGGACUCGCAUCUGUCUUACUACAACGGCCUGAUCCAGCUGAGCUAUGCUAACGGCUCCCAGUACAACAACAAAGAGCACACCCUGCGAUCCACCCUCAUCUCCUUCCUCUGCGACCGAGACGCUGGAGCUGGUAAACCUGAGUUCCAGACAGAGGACAAUUACACGUAUAACUUCCUCUGGUAUACAUCGUAUGCGUGUCCUGAAAGGCCUCAUGAAUGUCUGGUGACGGAUCCCAACACCCUGCACCAGUACGACCUGUCAAGCUUGUCCAGCUCUGGUAAGAACUGGGAGGCCAUGGAUCUGACCAACCACAGGAAGUACUACAUCAGUGUAUGUCGGCCUAUCACUGGUGUAAUGGGCUGUGAUCGGCAGGCAUCCGUCUGCCAGAUGAAGUACUCGUCGGAGCAGGGCUCUACGACAGAAACUGUGGCAGUCAGCAACAUGGGUGUUGCCAAGCGGGGCCCAAUCAUCGAGGGGCCUGACCGGCUAUUGCUGGAGUUUACCGACGGCUCGGCCUGCGAAUCAGAAGGCUUACAGCUCACAUACACAACACGCAUCCACCUGGUCUGCUCCAGGGAGUCUGCAACAAUGAGCCCGCGGUUCCUGGACUAUCAAAACUGCACUGCCAACUUUAUGUGGGAGACGAGGGCAGCUUGUGCCAUCAAGACCACCAUGAACAAUAGCUGCUCUGUGGUGGAUCCUAACACCGGCUUUGAGUUCAACCUCAAGCUUCUGGCCUCCACAACUGGAUACAAGGCCGAGGGCAAUGGCAAAACCUUCAUGGUGAAUUUCUGUUCAGACCUGCCAGCAUGUGGCAAGGACAUGGCCGGCUGCGAGCUGGAGGAUGGGCAUGCUGUCAACCCAGUGGGGGUGCAGAGGACCCUCCACUACUCCGAUGGCCUGCUCACACUGACAUAUAAAGGCAACUUGGACAAACCCACAGGAACUCGGGACACUUUCAUCAUUAAUUUUGUUUGUGAUCUGGACGCCCACCCUGGCUCCUUAAAACUCCUGCGGGAGGAAAUGACUUCAUCUGGCCAAACCACCCAUGAUGUCUUCCUGGAGUUCUCCACUGCUCUGGCCUGCUUCCCUGCCCAAGUCACCUGCCAGGUUAUAGAUUCCCAUGGCAAUGAAUAUGACCUGAGUCACCUGACCAGGGAUGAGGAAGACAGUCCCUGGAUUGCCAUAGACACUGCAGACCAGGCCAAGUCACGCAGGUUCUACAUCAACGUCUGCAGACCCCUUCCUCCUGUGCUUGACUGUCCUGUGGGUCCUUUGGGUGCUUGUGCCAAAAUUGACGGGGCCAGUCACAACCUGGGAUAUAUCCAGUCCAGCCCGCAGGUGGCGGAGGAUGGCUCCAUUAGCAUUGUCUACCAGAACGGAGACCAGUGUGGCGCCACAUCCCGCUACUCCACCCGCAUCAUCUUCCAGUGUGAUGCCAACCCAGGCUCCCCAGUGUUUGACCGUAAAGACAACUGUGAGUAUGUCUUCAUCUGGAGGACCUCUGAGGCCUGCCCUAUCACAAAGUCCAAAGGUGACAACUGCCGUGUUCGAGACCCUCGGACGGGCUAUGAGUUUGACCUGACUUCCCUGAUGGGUCGAGAUUUUCCAGUCAGCAACGAUAAGUACAAGUAUCAUCUGUCGGUGUGCGGGGGGCUCAGCCGAGGUGUUUGCACCAACAAAGACAAAGGAAGUGAGCUGGUCUCUUCCUGCCAGGUGGAGGAGGGCAGCAGCCCCGUACACAGGAUUGCAGGUAUGGCAAACCAGCUUCUGAGCUAUGUGGGUGACCAGCUCAUCCUGAAUUACACCAAUGGAGACGUCUGUCAUAAGAUCUACCACAGAUCCACUGAGAUCUACUUCUCCUGCCACCCUGACAUGCACCCGGGUGCACCAGUGUUCCUUAGGGAAACUUCAGAUUGUACCUACAUGUUCAGCUGGCGCACUGCCUUGGCCUGCAUCCCAGUGAAAACCACCAGCUGCUCCUACAAUGAUGACCAGGGCCACUCUUACGACCUGUCCUCCCUGGCCUUAAGCUCUCGGAACUGGGAGGUGGAGGCCUCUAGUGGUGACGCGAAGCAGCUCUUCUACAUCAACGUCUGCAGGUCCCUGGUGCAGCAGGAAGGCUCGUGUCCGUCGAGCGCAGCCUCCUGUCUGAAGGCAGGAGACGAGUAUGUGAAUCUAGGGGAGGUGGAGUCCAGUCCUACCUGGGAGGGGAGCGUCCUGAAGCUGCAGUACACCAACGGGCAGCCCUGUCCUGACGGGAUCAGGAAGAAGAGCACCAUCAUCCGCUUCCAGUGUGACAAGGACAAAGUGGACUCACGGCCCACUCUGAUCUCCGCCAUUGAGCAGUGUGUGUACACCUUCCUGUGGUCAACCGCUGCCGCCUGCCCUCUGGACAGCAGCCAGCGCGACGACUGCACAGUCAGCAACCCUGCUACAGGACACCUGUUUGACCUGAACUCCUUGGCGGUGGACGGAGGUUACACCAUCUACGACCACAAUGACCGCAAGAAGAUGUUCCGCCUCAACAUCUGUGCAGAGGUGGCCAAUGCUGGAUGUGAACCUGGAACUGGUGUGUGUAUUAGGGACAGGAGUGCGGUGAGCGGCGGUCAGGUGAGCAAGAAGCUGUCAUACAAAGAUCAUGUACUGGAAUUGAGCUACGAAGGAGGAGAUCCCUGCCCCGCCAACCCCGUCCUCAAGCACAGCAGCAUCAUUAACUUCAUCUGCAGGCCUCCUGCCUCUGGCUCAGCCACCACAGAGCCAGUGUUCAUUGACACAGAUGCCAGCACCUGCACAAAUUUCUUCUCCGUGCACACACACCUGGCCUGCGAACAGCCUGUCAAGUGCUCAGUCAAGAAUGGCUCUACUCUCAUAGACUUGACCCCUCUAAUCCAUGUCAGUGGCUACUACACUGCCACAGAUGAUGACUUGGACCAAAAGGACAGAGCUCCAGAUUUCUACAUCAACCUCUGUCUGCCUCUCAACCCCAUCCCGGGGGUAACCUGCCCCCCUGGUGCUGCCGUCUGUAUGGAUCCUGCUGAUGGACCCCCUGUGGACAUUGGGAGGACAACCACUGGUCCUCAGAUAAAAAGUGCAACCAAUGAGGUGUCAAUCACAUACAGUAGUUCCACACCCUGUGUGGACGACCCCGCUCAGAACUACACUUCCACCAUCAUUUUUACCUGCCAGAAGGGCGUGGAGCUGGGCUCACCCCAAAUGCUGAGGAGGCAGGACUGUGUCUUUUUGUUCGAGUGGGCGACCCCUGUGGUUUGUCCCGAUGCCACCCAUACCACUGGCUGCCAGCUCACUGACUCCCAGCUCCAGUACACCUUUAACCUGUCAGCCCUCAGCGGGGAGAUCCAGGUACCGGUUGGCUCCGACAUGUACCGCAUCAACGUUUGUGGCUCGGUGGCAGAGUCAGCUUGUAAGACGAGCGCUGUGUGUCGGGUGUCUGGUUCUGGCUCAGGAUCAGUGUCAGCGUAUUCUUUUGGCAUGAGCAAGGCCAUGACAAUGGACUUCAAACAUGAGGAGCAGGCCGUACUGAUGCAGUAUGGAGGAGGCGACGCCUGCCCGCCAGUGACAGAUGAGGGAGAGGCUUGUGUGUUCCCCUUCACCUUGAUGAAGAAGUCCUAUACAGAGUGCACUGCAGAAGGUCGGACAGAUGGUAAAAAGUGGUGCGCCACCACCGCUAACUACGACCGUGACCAGAAGUGGGGAAUCUGCAAUGAAGAGACUGGAAAGCGCCAGUCUUCCAUCUUGUUCACCUGCGACCAAUCUGCAGGCCACGGCUCCCCUCAGUUGCUCUCAGAAACCGGGGGCUGCUCGGCCACCUUCCAGUGGAAGACGAGUUAUGUCUGCCCCCCCAGGAAGAUGGAGUGUAAGCUGGUCAGUCAGCAUCAAACCUACGACCUCCGAACUUUGUCCUCCCUCACAGAGCCGUGGAAGUUCAGCCAUCGAGGAGACUCAUAUUAUAUCAACCUGUGCCAGGGAAUCCACGGUGGACUGACAGGCUGCCCAGAUGGGGCGACAGUGUGCCGACGCUCAGCAGCAGGAAAGACCCAGACCCUGGGUCGGGUAUACACCCAGAAGAUGAACUACUCUGAUGGAAAGAUUUUUGUCAGCUAUUCAAUGGGAGAUUCUGUCUGUGGUAAUGGCCUAAAGGCCAGAACUGUGAUCCAGCUGAGCUGUGGCUCCACUUUCGGGCACCCAACAUUCAUCAGCAUGGAUGAUGCAACAUGUGAGUUUGUGUUUGGCUGGGAGACUCGGGCAGCCUGUGUGGUGAAGCAGCGUGAGGUGGUGAUGCUUAAUGGGACAAUUCAGGUUCCCGACACAGGAGCAAACAUCAGCCUGGGAGCCCUUUACUUCAGCCACCAUCAGGCAUCCGGUGACAUCCGUUCCAAUGGUGACCGGUACAUCUACCACAUCCAGCUGUCAGGUAUCACCAACAGCUCCCUGGCCAGCUGUCUGGGAGCCAACAUCUGCCAGGUCAAACUCAAUGGAGACUACCGACGCAAGAUCGGCUCCUCCAACAAAGCCAAGUACUACAUCAAAGGAGGCAACCUGGAUGUGAUGGUGCCCUCUGAGUCGGUGUGUGGACGGGAGAGAAGCAAGACCGUGUCGUCCACCAUUAUGUUCCACUGUAACCCCUCAGCAGGCGUCGGCAUCCCAGAGUUCAUGUUGGAGACUGAUGGAUGCCAGUAUCUGUUUAUCUGGCACACGAAUGCCGUGUGUGGUCUGACAACUGUUGACAGACAGUCGUACGACUACGACGAUACAGACGGCGGGACUCUACCUCUGUCUAGGCGGAGCCAGGCAGUGGGGGCGGUACUAAGCCUGCUAUUGGUGGCUUUGUGUGUCUGUCUUCUGGCUCUUCUCCUCCACAAGAGAGAGAGGAGGGAGCUGGUGAUGCAGAAGGUGGCUGGCUGUUGCAGGAAAGGAAAUCAAGUCUCCUAUAAAUACUCCAAGGUCAGCAUGGAUGAAGAGGGAGGCGAAGAGGAGAUGGAGUGGCUGAUGGAGGAGCUGGAGACCCCUCCUGCAUCCUCCUCAUCUUCCUCGCACCGUGGUAAAAGUAACCACAGCAAUGGGCACAUUACCACGAAACCGGUGAAUACAGACGGUUUGCGCUCCUUCUCGCUGGAUGAGCAGGAUGACGACAGCGAGGACGAGGUGCUCAGUGUCCCAGGUGUGCGUGUGGUCAAGUCAUCUGGACUGUCCAGGCACUCUGCAGGGGCCCGCAGUGCCUUCCUACAAGAGGAGAGUGAUGAAGACCUGGUCGGCCUUCUGGAUGAGUCGGACAGGAAGAGGAAGAGCAGCAAACCACGCUCCGCUGGUCGCAGCCAUGGUAAUAACACAACAGCCAACAGGAAACAGGAUGAGGAGGACAGUGACGAGGACCUCCUCAGGGUGUAAGGUCACCUCCUACUUCCCUCCUCCACCGUCCAGUCAGAACUGUUCUCUCUCAGUGAAUGUCUCCUUAGCAGCAACAGCAGCAACAAUGAAAUGGCAGCAACAUGUCGGAAAGCAGAAACCCCUCCCCUUUGUUGGGACUUUUUAUUGGACUGCACCUUUACCUGGCCUCCUCAGAUCUCCAUCUAGUCCACUGACUAGACUGACUAAAAACUGUCCAUGUUAGCACACGAUUUAUUGAUAGUUGAAUAUUUUAACCAUAACUCCUGGAACCUAUAAUCCAAUCUUCUUCCACUGAUUCAGAUUCUAGUGGUUCUGUACUUUCAUCAGCUGCUUCAUCAUUAGGUAUGUCUUCAAUGCAACACUCCACACUUCAACCCCCAAAAGCACCCAAAGAUGUUUUUGGUUUUUGAAAAACUGUUGAAUACUUCACCAUGAACAUCAAACAGCAUUUCUCCCCAAAAUGCCCAACAUUUUGGUCAGAAUCAAUGGGUAUGGAGGAAUGAUGGGAGAAUAGGAUCCAGGUCAAAAAUGGCCAGAGUUAGGCUUUAAAUAAUCUGUUGUGUGGACAUAGGCAGUCACGGUAUUAGCUUAUGUUGUUUCUAAAGGGAAUGAGGACACCUUUUGUCUUUCUUGCUGUUUACAGUUGCUACAAUAGCAGAUCUUUCUCUUUCUUUCCCCUUGAAAAGAAAGUACGAUGCCUUCUUCAUGAUGAACUUUGCAUUUUCAUCAAUGAAUUGUCCAUAGACAGAUUGACUUUUGUCCUGCUUUGAUCAAUGAAGAUGAUGUACAGAGAUAAUGUUCUAUAAUAGGGACUUUUUAUGUUUGGUGUUGUCUUCACCGGUGAAUUUGCUUGUUUGUUUUUUAUGAUUAUUUAAUGGCUGACUGAGCUUAUUAGCCACGUGAAUCUCUGUUCUGUUAAUUGUGCAAUGAGCGAACUCAAGAAGGCCUUAUGAUGUGUGAAUGGAGACCUUAGCUGUUCAUAUCAGUUUCCCCCAAUUAGCUGUUAGGCUGUGUUAGUUUUGGAGACACACUCCCACCAAAGCCAUAUUUGUGUAGCCACCGCUGGCUCUACAGAGCACAUUGUGUCAUUUUUCAUUUGCACAAACUCAUCCAUCACAGAUUCAGUUUUGGAAUUCAGCUCUCAGUCGAAGGUGCCGUGUCAAAAGUGUGAUUUCAACUCCAAAAAGCCAAUUUUUUUUGUUGUGCCGAAAACCUUUUUAGCCAAAUGCAUGAGAUGACUGGACAGAAAUCAGACAUUGGUGUGAAAGUAUCUGGAGUGCAACCAGUUCAGAUCCAUCUGACCUGUUGUCCAGCUUAGUAAUUAACUAGCACCACCGCGAAGAAUGAGAAUAAAAACAGAAGCUCCAAGGUAAAAAGUAUUUAAUAGAGCUUGUAUUUGCUGAAUGGAAACUUUUGUGAAUGUUCAUAUCCUUUUUUUUUUUUUUUUUUUUUUUUUUUUUGGAACUCAAAUGAAACUGACUCCAGUGUUCCCACAUGGUACAGUUGUGUUGAUUGGCAACAUGAGUAAGCACGCUAUGAGUAUUAGGGUACCGUCACACCUACCUUUUUCAGUCUGAACCUUAGUGAACACUUUACUUUGUCACAUUUUGGUAUUUGGUUCAUUUGUACUCUCACUUCCCAAUUACAAUUAAACCAGGUCUUGUAAAUAAAUGUCACUUGGAUCCACAAGUAGCUUGUUCACUGGAGUUUUGGCAACCUCACCACCCCGCCAGGUGACGGAUUUUUACAGCGGCGGUGCAUCGAGGCAAAUGUGAUUCCAGGUGCAGAUUGCAAGAGCUCAUUCCUACAAUGAACCCUCUCUGGUGUUCAUGCCUGUUAAGAACGCAUGAAGAAAUAGCUGAAUGUGAGCAUCACCCCAGACGUCAUUUUGUUACGCCAGGUUUUCCAUGCAUGACGCACUGCUGGCUAUCAGAUUCCAACAUCCGUCUCUUCGUACCCAUAAAAACUUGUGUUUAUGUGUCUUCUCCUGGAGGUCCUGCAUUUCCAGGCAUCUUGGUGUGGUUAUUUGGUGCCGCCUUUGUUGGAAUGGCAUUGUUCUCACUUGGACAAAUAAACCACAGGAGUAAAGGCACCGGAAUUCAAAUAGAAUAUGCUUGGUGUGAACGUACCCUCGGUUCCCAGUUAGCUACAGGUGACAUGUCGAUUUUUGAGUAGCUAUUAUUUAUGUUGUACGUAUUUGAUACAACAAAAAUCAAUGCACUAAGUUAGACUACAUAUUUAUUGUAUUGUGUGCAGUCAUUACUUUGUCUGAGGUAUAACAGAGGGGAAAGAAGGCAGGUUUGGCUGAUGGGAUUACAAUGAGUUCAGGGAUAAUUAACAGCAACUGAAGUUCCAACUAAAACCCUUUUACAUGACACCACCCUGCUCUUAUUAUCGUCUGCAUUUAGUAAAUCUUCAGUGUGAUGUCGCUCAAAUCAGGCUUAGCCAUAUAUACUCAAUCCAAAAAAGACGUUUCACCUUUCAGGGUAUUUCUAAAGCUUUGUACACAAGGUUUGUUUAAUGAGAAGAAGAGUUUUUCUAGGACUGCGCUCCUGUUACACCACACAAUAAGCGAAAACUUCUGCAAGUUGGAAACACCCGUAGUCUAAUUGGGUUUCAGCAACUUUGCAACCAGAAUUUUUUCAUCUGUCUUCUCUGAGAUCAGGAAUUUCAGGGGGAACCAGACCAGACCUCUCAGAGUUGUUAAACAAAAGUGAAAACUGCAACAAAAGUGGCAGACAACAAAUGUGUUUAGUAAAUGAGGCUGGGUUCACACCUUGCUCUAAAACCUGACUUGAUCAUAUUCUGUGUUCACUUAGACAGUGAAUUUAGAAAGAUUAUAUCACUUAAGCCAAUGAUCUAAACCCAUAGUGUUUUAUCAAAGUUAAUAUUCUACCUGAGAGCACGCAGAACGUGGUGAUAGUAAAGAGCCAUCAGGGCAAAGGUCUAAACAAUAUUUGAAUCAGUGCAAAUGAUGGUGACAAGGAACUCAGAAGUAUUUGACUUUGAAAAAUAUUGUGAAAAAUGUUAAAAUGCUCGGCAAAAAGUUCAAUAUUAUGUAAUUUAGGAAUUCAAACCCUUUAUUGACAGUGGAAUUGAAUGAUGAAUGUUAAAGUGGUAAUCCGCAUGAGUCUUUCUUUUUUUUUUUCUUGGUUUUUCUCUUUACUGAGUUUGUGUUUCUGUAGGUUGGGCUCUCUUUUUUUUGUCUGUUCAGCCAUGUUGGCUCUCGCUGCACAUGCCAACCACCCACUUCUUUUAUUUAUUCCAACAAACAGAAGACGUCCAAGGCAUCACUUCCUGUUCAUUAGAGGAUUUUUCCCAAGAAAGACUUAUCAGACACAGUGUUACGCAAAUGUAAAAGAUUUUAGGACUGGACAUAAGUUGGAUCACUAUGGUGUCAUAGUAAUCAGAUAGCGAGUAUCAAAAUCGCAAUUGAUUUCUGUGAAAAAGUUGCGGAUUAUUACUUUAUGCUCCGAAUUUUUACUGAAUCUUUGGGAGAUCGUUGCCUGAGUUAGCCUCAUGUUGCUAUGAAAAUGUUGCAGAUUUUUGCCUAAAAUCUUGGCCCUCUUUAGAAGGUCUGAACCCAGGUUAAGGCUUCUAUUAACGUGAGGCACUUUAAGAUGAAAGGUGGGACAGCUUCUCCUCAGGGGAGACGAGGUGAGCACAGAGACACAUGAUCAUGGUGGGUGUAUGAACGAGAACUUGUUGCUCAUCGCUGCAAAAUGUCUAUCUCUGCUGUAUUAAGCACCAAAGUCUGUGCAGCUCAUCUGCGUGGUACUAUACUGAACCUUGUCUUUCACAUUAAAGGGACAGUCCACCCCUUUUGAAAAAAUGUUUUAUUAUUUCACUUCCCCUCUUCUUCUGUAGGACAGCAGUGGUGCCAUCUUCCUCUCAUUGUUACUGAGUGCUGGAUACUGGCUGGAUGUUCCAAAUGCUAAAUGUUAGCCUCCUGCCAUUGAGGUGGACUUCCCCCCAGCUAACAGUCUGAAAAAUAACUCAGUAACAUUGGGAGGAAGAUAGCAGCACCACUGUCCUACAUAACAGCUGGGGGGAAGUGAAAUACAAAAUGGGUGAACCAUCACUUUAAUACCAGAGUGGAUGUUGUUGUGCUCUUUUUUGUCAUUACUCCAUUAAGGCGAAAGCAGAGCUGUGCUGUAAUACUGAGCUUAACUCGUCAAUAGCCUUCCUCAUUGAACGUCAGUGAGCGAGGUCAAGGGAGGACUCGAAUGGAACGGGACAGUGUCAGGAAAUAUAAUCACCAAGCUCAGCACAGCGUUGCAGUCGUGACAAAAACAGCAUGAGAACUUCUCCAAGAUGAGUCAGUACGAUGGAAGGUGAUCAUUAAUUAUUUGUUUUAGUUGAUGUAAGUUAUGUUGUCGGAUAUGUUUUAUAGCUUUUUGCCUGUUUCCUAUUUAAAGAAAAUGUUGGUGUAAAAAUAUUGCAUUAUUUGAAUAAAUAAGAGAUCAGCUGUU